GUGAGCUACAAACAAACAGAACGCUGAAUUCGAUUUUGUAUCGACAGAAUGAGCAAUUUACUAAAAAGCAAUAGGAUCCUGAGCAACAAUAAGAUCUCGGCGCUGAAGAAUAACUCUUUCCUCGGCCUGCGAGCUCUGGAGAGGCUGGAUCUCGGCAGUAAUCUCAUUAGCAGAAUUGCCCCCGGCGCGUUUCACGGCCUGACGGCUCUGAGGAGACUGGAUCUUUCCAACAACAGGAUUGGCUGUUUCUCUGCAGAUAUGUUUCUUGACCUUGGCCGUGUCUCCAAACUGAAUUUGUCUGGGAAUAUCUUUUCCACGCUGCCGGGGGGGUUGUUCACACAUGUCCCGUCUCUCAGAGCGCUGCACGUGGGCACAGACUAUCUGUUCUGUGAUUGUCAGCUGCGCUGGUUGUUGUCGUGGAUCAGAUCUCAGGCGGUGCGUGUGGGGAAUGAAUCUGUAUGCGUGUACCCGACUCGUCUUCGUGGACUGGAGCUGCGCAGCCUUCAGGAGCAGCAGCUCACCUGCGACGGCCCGCUGGAGCUCCCCGUCCUGCAGCUCAUCCCGACCCAGCGGCAGCUGGUGUUUCGUGGGGACCGUCUGCCGCUGCAGUGCGCUGCCUCGUUCCUCGAUCCGACCGUCAGACUGUCCUGGAGCCACGAGCAGCGUCCCGUCCACACGCUGGAGCACAGAGGGCUGUAUGUGGAGGACAGCAUCAUCCACGACUGCUGCCUCAUUACCAGCUGUCACAGUGUGUCAGGUGAAUAUGAGGACACUCAGGACCGGCUCUCGUUCCUCCUCUCUAUUUUCUGUCGCUCAUUCCAAGAGUCGUUCCUGCAGGGCACAAGCGCAGUUGCCCAGCCGCAGCUCUUCAGAGUGCUCUCUGAGCCGUAUGUGCUGCAGAUGGGUCAGUCUCUAGUGCUGCCGCUGGCCGGUCCGAGGGUCCGAGGUCAUUCAUCAGGGCUCUAA